UCUGAAGGGCCCACGCCGACACUGUCAUCCCAGCCCCAAGCGACCAUGCUUCCGAAGGGGAUAUACGAGAUCUAUCUUCUGGGGACCAGGUUUCUCAAAGCUUGCGGCCAGGCUCCUUACAAACCCGGUGGACCGGGCCUCAUACGGUCGUCCUUACCACCCCAACUGCUGCGAAACUGUUGGGGCACUCUGCAUGGGUACAUAUUAACAAUCUCAAACAGGCACCCACAGAUACUGAUUGAACUUCCCAGAUGGCAGGCCCCACCAAACUCCGCUUGGUCAGGGCCCCUUCUCAUAUUCCUUCUAAUCCAGACAAACCAGGCGGCCAUGAAGUCUAGCUGCAUGAGGGGUUCAGGUACCUCUCGCUAUUUUUUGGCCUUUACUUAUAUGCCUGCAACCUGCUACCGGGGAAAGGAACCAACAACCUGUACAUAUGACCAGAAAACCUAUUGGGUCUCUGACCUUGUGACAGCCAAACGCGGUAUUGCCCCCUGCAACAUCUACCCCAGGUAUGGAAAAGUUUGCUGGACCUAUCUGGGUCAUGUCGGUCUCUCUGGCGGGGGAGGGGGGGUCCAGGACCAGGCUAGCCGUGAACGCACUAAAACAGCGGUCACGGACCUGACCAAACGACUCUAAACCCUCAGCGACCGGGUCUAUAAGGGCAUCAAUCUUGGUAGCAUACAAAAAGUCCCUACCACCGAAUAACUGACAGUGGCCCUCCUGAACUCUAGUUACAACCUAUGGCAAAAUGUGUCGAAGAACGGUGACAGUGACUGCUGGAUCUGUUUCCCUUUUUCAACACGUUCCAACAUUGUAGGGGUACCCCUCCCUAUUGACUGGCCACUCCCCAACUCCACGGCCACAAAUAAUACGGUCCAUAUCGGCCCCAUCAGGGGAAACAUACCUAUUAUUAAUGUGUCCUCCCCCCUUACCACCGCAGCUGCCAACAUCACUAACUCCUCCCUCCCGUACUGUACUCCCUCGGGAAUAUUUCUCUCGUGCCCUCAGGAAACCUAUCGCUGCCUGACCACUAAUGACUCCCUAGGCUGUAUAUUCAUUCUACUAUCUCAUUCUACCACCAUCUACUCUGAAUCCCAGCUGUAAUCCAUCCUAUUCCCCCAACACCGUGGAGGAAGGGCUGCCUCCCUCCCAUUCAUAAUAGGGUCAGGAAUAGCUACAGGGGUGGCAACCGGAACAGCGGGGAUAGGAACUUCCAUAGACUUUUAUUGCAAACUCUCCCAAGCCCUGAAUGAUGACAUGGAACGGGUUGCUGACUCCCUCACCGCCCUACAGACACAAGUUACCAGCCUGGCGGCCUUAGCUCUACAGAACCGACGGGCCUUAGACCUUCUGACCGCCGAAAAAGGGGGGACCUGCCUAUACUUAAAUGAAGAAUGUUGUUACUUUGUUAACCAAUCAGGUAUAGUUACCUCCAGGAUUAAAGAACUCAGGGAUCAGAUUCAAGCAUGGCGGCGAGACACGUCCUCCUGGGGCCUGGACCCCUACCCCUGGGUAACCUGGCUACUCCCUCUGGCGGGACCUGUAUGCAUAAUCCUCCUUCUAGUCUCGGUUGCUCCCUGUCUUUUCCGAUGCUUGCAGGGUCGCCUACAAGAACUUGCCCGACUGUCCGUCAAUCAACUCCUCCUCCAGCCCUACUCUCGCCUGCCCACUUCCGACUACCCCUUUGAUGACACCCCCCCCCCCCCCCCCCCCCCCGUCAGCAGGAAGUAG